UACUACAAUCAACCCACCGCAAUGGAUAUAUCCAAAUACAGUGUGUAUGUUCUACUAAUGCUGGGACUAUUAACGUGGCCGGGACACGGAGGGAGAAAAAGACAGCAUAGGCAAAGGUUACGGCAGAGUAAAACUGUCGUGAACGCAGAUAAUGACAAUGAUGACAUGGACGUUUCCCCGUCUCAGGAUGGAGACAGUCACAGUGGAGAUACGAGCACCUCGACAACGAGGUCGGGGCGCAGGAGAACCACCCUCCCCCCUCCCCUAGUCCACGUUAAUCCUAUAGCACAGAUCUCUGAAAGUGUGGAGCACCCUAAACCAGGGGAUCUACAGUACGGUUGCAAAGAGUUGCGGUCGAAGAAAUACAUCUCCGACGGUUUUUGCACGUCCAUUCGUCCUGUCACGGAAGUCAUCUGCACGGGACAUUGCCUCCCCGUUCAACAACUUCCGUGGUAUGCAGAAUUUGUCAAAGUAUGGUCUCGAAUAAAGACACUGGAAUAUCGGUGCGUCGAGGAUGAAAAAAGGCGACGAAGAGUCAGACUCAUGUGUGAGAAUGGAGAAAUAAGAGUUUAUCAAAUAAAAAUUGUCAAGAGUUGCAAGUGCAAAAGAUAUGUAAGAGAACAUAAUCGAUCGAAACUGCGAAGCAGAAGACAUAACGAUGACGCGGAUGAUGUUGAUUAUGAAGCAGACGACGAUGUAAGUUUGGAAUAAACUGGCAGAAUUCAUUUCGACAUAUUAUGCACUUUCAAGAAAAAAAUCGUUUUUUAUUUUUCUACAAAAAUGGACAGAUAAAAAUGUAAACAUAUUUAUAUCAGUAGGGGAGAUGAACUUCCUUUGUCGAACCAUUGCAAAGUGUAGUGAAAUGUGAGGCCACGUGCCGGUCAAAGGUUGUGUCAAGGUCAGACUGAAGAUGCAAGGUCAGACUGAAGGACUUUGAAAACAGUAUUUCCAGCAACAUAGCAUUGCCAGAUUGAAACUUGUUACUUUGGAAAUCUCGGAGGACUCGACUUCUCAGCAUUCUUAGCAGACGACACUUUCCUUUAUUCUGGCAGCUGUUGAGAUUGCAAGAAUUAGCACGAGAAAUACUCAAAGAAACACUGUUUAUUCGACAGCACAUAAAAUGCGUCUUUUCUGACUCCACAUUAACAUAUAUUAAUGACUUUUCGACAACGAUAUUAUCAUCAUGAUUUUUAUAGUGUUUUGAAAUAUUUUGCCAUAUGAAGGAAUCGAGUCUUCUUUAAAGUUUAUCAGAUAUUGUAUAGAAGACUGCAUAAAUUAUGAAAAUCAAUUGUACAUACGCCAUGUCAUUAUUUAUCUGUAAAAUUGUUCCACUGCAUGUGUUUAGUUUUCAUUACCUUUCAUACCAUAGUGUAAAGCAAUAGUUUUCGUACACGGACCAGAGAGCAAACGCCUGCACUACGUUUUGGGUGACGUUCAGUCCGACGCACAC